UAUUUAAAUAAAAAAUUAAUUUUAUAAGGCCGUUCUCUUAUGUUUGAUUAAAAUAAAUUUUAUUUGUGAAAAAAAUCCUCUAACUGGAUCGAAUAGUGGUGAUCCUCUUGCUAGAGAUUUUUUUGGAAAUAAAAAAAAUUAUUAUGUCCAUCAACAUAAACAUCAGCCGUUGCCGUUUCGCUUCCUAGGUCAUCUUGCUAAAACAAAUUAUUUCCCUAUCUAUCCGAAAUUCAGAGCGCUAAAACAAAAAAGUUUCAUUCCUUUCUAAAAUCCAGAGCGCUAAAACAAAAAAGUUUCACUCCCUUUACAAAAUCCAGAGCGCUAAAACAAAUUUUUUGGUUCCCUUUCUGAAAUUCAGAGCGUUGAAACUGAAAGUGAAAAUUAUUCUAUCCAGACUCAUCAAACCUUAACCCUAACGCUUUCUUUCCUCCCCAUCGAUUCUUUCAAAGGUGUGAACGAUUCUUCUCCCGAACCCUAAUCCUUACCCUUUCUUCCCUUCUUUUUCUUCUCAAAUCCUUCAACUUGCAUACACAUAGUUAGGAUUUUAGGGUUUAUCAAGGGUUUCACGAAACUCAAGUACUUCACGAAAUUAUGUCAUUUAACGGUUUUAGGAAGUAUCUCAAUAAAAGGUUUGAAGUAAGUCUCUCACGAAGACAAUGAUUUCCCUGAGAGAUGCAAGGGUCAUAUCACACUGUGAGGGGGAGUUUUUCAUUUUCAAGUUGUAAAUAACUUUGCUCUGCCUUGCUGGAACUACUAGUAGCUGAGACAAUGUGUUUCCUGGUGGAACUACUCGCCGUUGAGACAUUGUGCGAGAGCUCAAUUCGUCCCGUGAGUAUUCUAUGCAAUUGAAUUAUUCACGGAUAAAAGUUCUUGAAGCAUUAUCAAGAUGAUUUGGUUAAUAAAAUGAAAAAGGCUGCAACCAAGGAACUCUGGAAUGUGAGUGGUGAUCUGGAAUUAUACGGAAACCUCUUAAAAAAACUCAUUAUUCAGUGAAUAACAGUACCGGUAUCAAUACCUUCCGAAACCGUUUUAUCGUGGCCGUUGAAAAUACACUUGAUGCACGUUUGGAUGUAUAGUUCCGUAGCAAACUUCCAGCGGGUAUCCGAGGUUAUUACUUUUCAUCCAGGAUGGCUAACAACGUGACCGCUACCAGAGAAGCUACAAGGCGUACUCACACUUACAGUUUCCAUCGCGAAGGCUUGAUUCAGUUGGGGCAAUUGGGUGGAUUGAUCACUGGUCAUAAUAAAACUGUGUUCACUGAGAAUUAUGGAAACAUCUUGACUCUUUUGGACUCACACGUCGACGAAUGGGGUUUAUCUACUCUUCUCCAGUUCUAUGAUCCUGACUUGCGUUGUUUCACCUUCUCAGGCUAUCAGUUGGCUCCCACUCUCGAGGAGUACUCUCACUUUCUCAAUAUCAAGAUUCAACACAAGGUUCCUUUCGUUUGCGUCCCAGAGAAACCUGAUUUGGACCACAUUGCCAAUGCUCUUUAUUUGAGCAUAGGAGAUGUUCAUGGAAAUUGGAAAAAGAAUGGUAGCACUCAGGGUUUCUAUAUGAGUUUCUUGGUUGAGAAGGCCCAAGAGUUGGCUAACAAAAAGAUGUGGGAGGCCUUCAACGCCCUUCUGGCCGUUUUGAUUUAUGGGAUCGUAAUGUUCCCUAACAUUCACAAGUUCGUUGAUCUGGCUGCUAUAUGUCUUUUUGUGGAGAAGAAUCCGGUCCCUACUUUGCUAGCCGAUACGUACUAUUCUGUUCACUCUCGAUAUGGGAAAGGAGGAGCCAUAAGAAAUUGUUUGCCGCUGUUAUACACCUGGUUUAAGUCUCACCUGCCUACAAGUGGUCCUUUCGUUACUUCUACUCAGAAAUGGCAUCAAAGGAUCAUGGGGCUUACUGGAAAUGACAUUGUCUGGUGUCCUACUGGGAUGGACGUAGAGAAAGUUAUAACUAGCUGUGGUACUUUUGACAAUGUUCCCCUCAUAGGAACAAAAGGUGUUAUCAAUUACAAUCCUAAGCUAGCGCUGCGUCAAUUGGGUUUUGCACUUGAAAACAAGCCUUUAGACAAAGAAAUAUUUGAAUCCGUUUGCUUUGAAAAGGGAACCAAUCCAAAGGGGCUAGAAAAAGUGGUGAGUGCCUGGAAUGACAUCCAUACAAAUGAUCAGAUUUCUCUUGGUGAAAAGAAUGCCGUUGCCAAACAAGCCUACACAGAUUGGGUUGAAAAUAGAGUUAAAGAUCGCCUGUUGCCUUUCCCGAAGGUUAACCCAUUGUACAAGCAACCAUCUAAGGUUCCAAUUGCCACUAUGCCUGCUGAGAAUUGCGUCCCAGUAAAUAUGGAAAGCACCCAAUUGCACGAAAAGAAGUCGGAUGUGCAACCGAAACAUUGUCUUGUGGACCAGAAAAGAGUUGAGUUGACACACGAAGCCAAAAUGCUGAAGGGAGGAUCUUCCAGAGUUCAAAAGAGGGCUAGAACGGAAAAAGGUGAAAGAGAUACUACUGUUAUUGUCGAGGAUCACCAGAAGAUCCUAAAAAGGGCCAUGAAAGAAGCAGAAGAGAAACUCAAGCAAGAGUACCGAGAAGACUUGAAAGCUUAUAAGCUCAAGAUAGAAAGGGAUGCUAGAGUUGAAGUGAAGAAUCUGAAAAAGAAACUGGAAGAAGAGACCACUAAAAGAAUGGCAAUUGAGACUCAACUGAAAGGAAGUCACCUUCGUAAUACUCGACUAACAGAAGAAAAUGCCAAGCUCAGAGAUCGAAUGAUGGAAGACAUAUCUGAGAAGGAUUAUCUCCCAGAAUGCAAAGGAUGUGACGAACUCAGGGAGUGCUGCAAGAAGCUGGAUGGGCAUUUGUUUCGCAAAGAUGAGGUGAUCCAAAGCCUUCUUAAAGGAAGAGAUCGAGAAGCAACCAAGAAGCUGUUUGAUGAAACUAAGAAGUGGAGCGAUGAGCACUUCAGACAAGGAGGACCUCUGUUUUAUAUUCAGAUGGAUUGAUGUUUGAGUCUGUAUGUUUCGACCACCACCAGACUUGUUGGAUGGGGUCUUUUAUUUCCCUUGUUGAACUAUCUUGUUGAUGUAUGG